AUGCUUGAGUAUUUCGCUUACAAGAAAGUGAAAAAGAACAGGGAUGACAAGGAAUCAAAAAAGCGCCAGGAACAUGACAAGCAAGAAACCAAGCACGAGGAAUCUAAUAGAGCAGCAACACCUCCUAGAACCGUCAUCUCAAAACCCGAACCCGUCGGCACCCCAGUCCUCAACCAAGAGGACGAGAAAUUCCUUGAACGCCUCACCUCCCCCGACGCAACUGUACUCGAUGACGAUGACGCGGGUCCGCCUCCACCUCUGCCCCCACGGGUCGCAACCCCUGUCGUCACCUGGGAUAGCGACACCGAAAGCUUCGUGAGCAAAGACGAGAAGAACGCCAAAGGCAAAGGCAAGGCUGCCACCACCACUGCCGCCGAUGACAAGAAAUCGAACCGCUUCUCCACGAUCACCAAUCUUGGCCGUACCAUCUCGCUCCGCGUGCAACGCAAGCCCGUCAACAAGGACAGCCUGCAUCCGACGCACCUCGCUGUGCCCGAGGGCGAGGUGCGCAGAGAGGAGACGGACAUCUCUGCCGUGCUCGAAGACCUGAAUCUCUCGGCGUCAAACAACAAGGCGUUCUCGCUCUCGGCCGAUUCUACGGAGAUGGUGCGCAAGUUUACACUCGUGCUGAAGGAUCUGGUCAACGGCGUGCCGACGGCGUACCAGGACCUGGUAGAUCUAAUUGAAGAUCGCGAUGGCCUUCUGGCGAAGAACUACGAACGGUUGCCUAAUGGGCUCAAGAAAUUGGUCACUACGCUGCCGAACAAACUGACGACGACGCUUGCGCCGGAGCUUUUGGCGGUAGCGGCUGAGGCGCAGGGUUUGAAUGCUGCGGAGGCGAGCAAGGAUGGUUUAAAGGGCGCUGCGAAACAUUUUAUGCAGCCCAAGAACCUGCAGGAGCUCGUUACGAAGCCUGGGGCUGUAGUGGGAAUGUUGAAGGGCAUAGUAAAUGUGCUGAAGACCAGAUGGCCGGCUUUCAUCGGAACUAAUGUUCUUUGGAGUGUAGCUAUUUUCUUGCUCCUAUCCGUCCUCUGGUACUGCCACAAGCGCGGUCGCGAGGAACGUCUUCUUAAAGAAGGCGCGGAUAAAGAGGGUCCCAUCGAUGGCAGCACUCGCAUCGAGGAGCUGCCUGACGACCCGCAGUUGCCUGCUCCGGGUCAGGAAUCCGUGAGGAGUCAGAUGAACUUGUCUCCCGCGCCUGCGGGUGAGAACGCCAAUGCCUCGCCUAUAUCUUGA